AUGGCUCAAGUACAAGGCUCCCACCAUGAUGGGGAGGGCAGCCCCCAGCUCAUCUCCCUGAGGUCAGACCAGUCAGACAGCCAUACUGACCAUGCAGAGACAGGACCUUCUAUGAGGAGGAAGAGGAGGAAGAAGAGAGAACCGCGCCCUGAGUCCAUUAUUGUGUACCGCUCUGAGAUGGAGAGGGCAUCUGAAGAAGACCAGGGAGAGGAGGCCCCUGAGAGGAACUCGGAGGAGGCGGCCAAGUUUCUGUGUACUCCAACUAAUGAAGGAGGGGGCUGGUCUCUUCCUCCUGACAGCCGGUACGUGACCCUGACGGGCACCAUCACUCGAGGCAAGAAGAAGGGCCAGGUGGUGGAUAUUCAUUUAACACUGACUGAGAAGGAGAUCCGUGACCUGGCCAAGUCAAAGGAGCGCCUGGACGCAGAGUGUGAUGCUGGGGAUGGCUCAAAACGCAACUGCAGUUUUGGCCUUUGUUCUGGCCCCCAUGUUGUUCUGUGGAGCAUUUCCUGUUUCCCAUUUAUUUUUGUCUUGUCGUUCAUCACUUCCUUCUACUAUGGCACUCUCACCUGGUACAAUGUUUUUCUGGUGUACAAUGAAGAGCGCACGUUUUGGCAUAAGAUUACCAUAUGCCCCUUUCUCAUCAUUUUCUAUCCUAUGCUGAUCAUGCCCCUUGCACUGUCUCUGGCGCUGUACUCCUCCGUGGUGCAGGUUUCGUGGGCAUUCAGUGAGUGGUGGCAGGAUGUACGUGACUUGGAAAAAGGCUUCUGCGGCUGGGCAUGUGGGAAGCUCGGACUAGAGGACUGCUCCCCCUACAGUAUUGUGGAACUGCUGGAUUCUGACACUGUCUCAGGCACACUGCAAAGUAAAGCCCCAAGUGAAUUCGCCCUGACGUCAUCGGUGUAA